GCUCAUUCAGAUAUUCUGGUGUUGAAACAUGGAAUACAAUCCCAGAUAAUGCAGAUUCUAUUAAGACUAUUUUUUUUAAAGAAAGUUGAAAGUGUAUCAUAAUCCUUACCUUCAUUUAAAAUACAACAUAAAAAAAUUCAUAACAAAAAUACCACUUACACAAACAAGAAGAGGCCACUGUCAAAGAAACGGAAAUACCUCAUACACGUGUAAAUUAUGAAUCAGUUGGACAGUGUUCAUGCUUGGCUGGAGAAGUCGUGGAUUAAGGUUCCACAUGACUGGAUUGAGGCAUGUCUGGAGUGGAUUCAAGAACAAAACCAGGGUCUUCCGUUACGAACAGAUAAGCUGAACACUAUGGUGUACGAGCAGUGGCUUAUGACAGACCUGCGAGAGUUGAGCACCUCCUGUCUUCCACUGGACGUAGCAACAGCCACGAAGUUACAGCUUUCAGGAAAUUAUGCCUUACAGGUGAAUUCAUGUGUUGAUGUUGGAAUUCCUUAUUAUGGUCAGCUGCAGAAAGAACGUGGAACGGAGAAUGCCAACUCUAUGGUAUCCGGGGAACACACUACCCAACCUGCAUGGCAGCCCAAGCCUUCUCGCAUGUUAAUGCUAAAACUGACUGACGGAAUGCUGGAUGUGCUUGGCAUGGAAUAUCAACAUAUUCCCCAGCUUAAGAACGUAGUGCCAGGAACAAAGAUUUUGCUACAGGGCCGUGUUCUGUGUCGACGCGGGGUGUUGAUGUUGAAAUCUGACAAUGUUCAGGUGCUCGGUGGAGAAGUAGAUUCAUUGGUUGAGAAUAACACCGCAGAGAACCUUCUUACAUCCGCCAUGCAAGACAACCUGAAACAUGCCAACAAAUCGGAAAGAAGUGAGUUUUCAGGACGAAUUCUUGCCUCUGAUAAAAGCAAGUUGAAACUGGAGGCUUUCUCCCAGUCACAGAAACCAUCGUAUGUGCAACAUAUAAAGAAGGAAAUUGAUAUGCCACCCACAUCUGUGAGUGACAGGAGUUGGCCAGAAAACAGGUUGUCACGGCUACCUAUGAAUAACAUAAAAAAAGAAAAUGGCUUCUUGACUGCCCUGAAAGCAGAGAGAGAAGCUGAAACUACAAAAAGACUGCAACCGAAGCCAGAAGAAUAUGAGUGGUCUGAUGACAUGAAUGAUUUGUUUGCUGAUGACGAAGAGGAUUUCAACAUGUUCAGUGAUGUAGACACUGCUGGUCGACCCAGCAAUGUCGGCAUAUCACAGAAACACACUUACAGUAGCAGCAGUUUUAGCUCUUCUCACAGAAACGUUUUAAACAGAAAUACUAGUGAAUCUGGCAGGUUUACCACAGAACCUCGGAAAAGAAAAGAAAAUCAGCUGGACAAUAUGUUUGUUUCCAGUGUAUCUUUGAGUGCGACAAGCGAGAAACGUCCAGGGUCAAAGGUCAAUAACGGAGACUCUGCACACAGUUCAGAAGAUAUGCUGUGUGAUUUUGAUGAUGACUUUGACAUGGAUGAUCUCGAAAUGAUAGAGAUGUCUGAAUCCAGUGCCAACGUCAGCCCGGUUGUGUCAAACACAAACUCUAAAAUUAAAGACAAACCAUGUUCUUACUCAGUAUCUACUGCUCCGAAGAGAGAGAUGGUUUUGGAUUCUCGAGUUGAAAUCUACUCUAACGACCAACAUAUUCCUUCUGAAGUUAAGACUGAACCUUAUUUCAAUUCAGUGUCUACAAGAGAUAAAGUUCCUCUUUUUUCUACAGACAACAAGAGUGAUUCUUCAUUACUCACUAAAGUUGUUAACACAGAGCCAAGACGCUCGGGAGUAUGUACAUCACAACAAACCACACAGAAAGAUUCGUUAGUAAAUAAAUCAAGACCAAAUGUAGGUCAGAAUAGAAUGAGUCUGCCAAAAGCUGUGAUUCAUCCGCUGCAAGUAUGCCAACCUAAAGGUACAAACAAUAACAAUUCUCAGUCUAUAAUAGAAAGAUUUCUGGGACCACAUUCACCAGUUAGCAGUUCACGACCUGCUUAUUCCACUGACACAGAGUUCACAUAUUUGUCAGAAGCAUUACAAGAACCUGUAGCAGGAAAAACAUUUCUCAUAAAGGGCUAUAUUUCCACUUUGACCAGCAAGCUGACCAGUAGACAGGGCCAGGACUGGCAUCUCUCGUGUAAAAUCAACGAUGGCUCUGCUGUCGCCGAGAUGGACUUGUCAAACAAGGUUUUAGCCGAGUUGAUUGGUUUUUCGGCUCCAGAUAGUGUGAUUAUGAGGCAGCGAGCAAAAACUGACAAAUCCGUGAAAGACAUUCUCACUGAGGGAUUACAGCAGUGUCAGCAGAGACUUGUUGAUCUCUCUUGUUUAAUGGAGAUUCAGUUUGGUGCUAAUACUUCACAGAUGGCUGUACAGCGCUUCAUUCCAAUAGAGAAAAAACACAUCCUAGUUCUCUAUCACAGAAUAUCACAGCUGACAGAGAAGUGAAUACACAUCCUAGUUUAUAUCACAGCUAUGAUACGAUUCUGUAUCACAGUAUCACAGCCAAAAGAAGUGAAUACACAUCCUAGUUCUGUAUCAGAAUAUCACAGCUAGCGGAGAAGUGAAUACACAUCCUUGUUCUGUACCACAGAAUAUCACGGCUAGCGGAGAAGUGAAUACACAUCCUAGUUCUGUACCACAGAAUAUCACAGUUAGCGGAGAAGUGAAUACACAUCCUAGUUCUGUACCACAGAAUAUCACAGUUAGCGGAGAAGUGAAUACAUAUCCUAGUUCUGUACCACAGAAUAUCACAGUUAGCGGAGAAGUGAAUACACAUCCUAGUUCUGUAUCACAGAAUAUCACAGCUAGCGGAUAAGUGAAUACUAAUAAAAUAUGACUUGGAACACAUUCAAUCUUUCGUCCACUCAUUUUAUUUGCGAGUGCCACUCUAUGCACAACGCAUGUGGAGUAUAACUUGCUGAGGUGGACCAAUCAAAAACUAACUAAUAACUAAUUAUAAUAAAUUAAAGCUACGGGUUAACAAAUAUACAUCCUAGUUCUGUAUCACAGAAUAUCACAGCUAACAGAAUUAAAUACACAUCCUAGUUCUGUAUCACAGCUAACAGGACUGAAUACACAUACUAGUUUUGUAUCACAGAGUAUCAUGGCUAAUGUAGAACAGAGUUUUACAGCUAGUACAGAACAGAAUACAUCUCCUAAUUUUUAUUUUAGCUAAUAACCGGUUUUACAAAAAUGUUUCAUAUUUGUUGAGAUGUUAUAAAUUUGAAUUGAAAGACUUCUUGUUGUGUUUUAACCUAGUAACACCACACCUGCUCUCUUGUCUACAUUCCCACUCUUUAUUGAGUAAAAUUGGAAAUAAACAAAAAUUAAAGUGGUGAAACUAAGGGGCCAUUCAAAUGAUGCUAAUUGUGGCCGUUUUAUUAUUGUUAUAUAAUUCCAAUCUGUAAAUACUCUUGUUAAAAAUGCUUGGAUUGAUAUCAUGUGGCUCAUAAACAACAAAGGUUGUAACCUCAGUUUUGUACUAUUUUUGGCAAUGCUUAAAAAAAUAAAUGGAUCAUUUUAGGUGUUUUCUUUAUUUCAAAUUAAUAAAAUUAUUGUUUAUGUUAUUUGUUAAUGUUUAAUCAAGCAAAUGUUAUUAAUGGUUUAAAAUUGUUUGUAUAAAAGAAUGUGAAUUCUUGUUCAGCUCCUGACAGAAAAUGCUAAACUUAAAAAUGGGAAGUCCCUUUAUUUUGUGUAUUAAUAUCCUGAAGAAAGAGUUUGAUUGUUAUUUUAUGACAAAUUUUAAAAGUUAUACACUUGAAAUUAUAAUUAUAAUAAUUCAACAAGAGGAUACAAAAUGUUAUUUGGAGGGAGAGCGUAAUAAUUUUUUAUGUUCGUGAAACAACUAACCCCAGAACCGCUUUACACACUUAACUGACAGUACGUAAAGUAGUUCUGUGAUUCAUCUUUCCAUAAAUGUAAAAAACCAAAAAUAUUGACCAGGUUGAAUAUUUAAAUGCCUUCUCCCCAAAUAACCCCAUGACGAUUCCGGAUCUCUAAAAUUACUUAACACUUUUCAAGCCUCCAUCUACUUCCACUGUCAGUGAUGUAAUUUCAACAUCAUUGGUCUCUCUGCUGGACUAUUUGUUUCUUCUGCAUAAUUAAUGAAUACCAGUACCUGAUUAACAAUAAUAGUAAUCUGUCACAGAAAAAUUACCCUUGAUUGCAUGUACACAUAUUUAAUUUAUUACUGUAAAAAUCUCAUUGUUUUGAAAACAGCGACUCUUGUGUAAAUGUGUUCAGUGCCUGCGUUUGUACACUGAUCAUCUGUCAUAAAUUCAAACCAUAUAGUUGUCAAAUAAACAUUUGUGCAUUGUAAAACUUUAAAAGCAUUCUAAAUAUUUUUCCAUUGAUGUGUUGAAUUUUACUUUUUUAAUGUUACUUGAUUAAAAUACUAUUAUUUGAUAAAAUAUCAUCUGUGGCUGAACCAUGUGCCUUGACUGUAUGUAUUUAAUUUAUAAAUUAAAACUGCACAUGGUUUGAAAAUGUUACAUAACUAUUGAUAAUAUGUUAAUAUUUUGCAAUUUCUCUCAUAAUCUCAGUGUUAUAUAAUUGUUGAAUAGCCUGUAAUAAGCAUCUUUAUCUUUAUACAUGGUUUGUUGUGGGGUUUUUUUUAACUAAGUUAUAAUUUAGCCAACAAAUAUUUUCGAUCUUUUUUCCUUAUAUUGUCAGUGGCAUAUGUAGUGGAAAUAAUAUAUCGAAAGAUUAUUUUGUAUCAUUGUUAUUAUGGGAAAAUAGUGUACUUCCAGACUUGUAUUCAUCAACAACAAAAAAAACAUAGAGGUUCUGGCGAGGUUCGAACUCGCGACCUUCUGCGUGUAAAGCAGACGUGAUAACCACUACACCACAGAACCGAUCCAUGUGAAAUGUUCUAAUUUUAGUGCACAAUAGAAAAAUGCUUAUAUUUUGGUAAAGACGAUAUCUUUUUUUUUACUGCUAUUUUGUGUAGUGGAUUUUGUUUUUGCUCAUCAUUAGUGUUAACCUGUUUACGACUUUGCUAAACACUGAAUUAGGUAAUUCUCGUGGACCAUUCGGUAUUCGCUUGACCGGUUUACGAAUUUCACCGAAGAAGCUUGACCGGAUGUGUUCUCGGUCAUUGAUGGAAAGUGUAAAAGAUAAGCCAUGGCCAGCAAAGAUGCCGGUCACGCCUUGAAAAAGGUUAUAUUUGAAGCUGUUGUAUCUGCAUCAGUAUAUAUAGUUAUUGAAAAGGGUAUGUUGAAAAUCCUAAGGAACUGUUGGACCGUUGAUGAGCUGGAAACGUUAUUAGAUGUUUUGGGUAUCAAGAACCAUGAGUUUGCACCUGUUCUUCGCUUGGAAGUGUUUUAUAGAGAACUUUCAUCUCAAGAACUGUUAGAUGAAGCAGAAGUGACAUUUAUGACAGCGUCACAAAUGGUCGCGUUCCUGGUCACCAAUUGUCUCUAGUCCCUAGGGCUGCUGGAAUGAUACGAUGCUGUCUACAGUAUGAGCAGUUGGCAUUACAGGUGCUGGGCGCCUACAGCCCAGAGCCUGAAAUUGAUCCUUGGGAUGAUGGCGGCCUUAACGACAGACAGCUGUUGAAGGCCGUUCGAAACCUGGAAGCGAUACUCCGAACAGAUGUCAUGCAAGGUGGUGGCGGAGGAGAUGGCGGUGGUAGGGGCGGAGAUCAGCCGGCGUCGUCUGGGCAUGCAUCAAACAGUCAAGAGCCGAGUACGUCGACAGCCAAUCAGGAGUCGUUCUCAUCUCCAGCCAGUCAAGACACAACACCCACAUAUGACCCAUCAAUCUCUCAGGCUCCAUGAGUUGUUCGAAAUUUGUAUAUGUUCAAUUCGCUUUCUGCACAGGGGACACCAUGUAUUAUUUAUUAAUGCCGAUGAUGCCAUCGAUAAAAAAACAGUCCAUUAGAAACAAAGAUGAUUUAUGUAUGGCACAUGCAUUGGUCAUUUGUUUUUGCAAUAAUCAUCAAGUUUCUGAUAAACAGUGGGUGGGUGGCUGUCAUGAAAACUAAUCCCCCCACCCGAGAGAAGCUCUUUAUUAAAAUUUGUUUUCAAUGAAAAAAUCUCAAAAACUAUAUAUGAAGACAUACAAAAGAAUUCCUUCUAUCAGAAAUCUCUCGCCCUUUUGAUAUUGGAACGCUCCCGUAUAUACCAUGCCGCCACCGGGGCCCUUUUCAUUCAAGACAUUCCAUGCAUUGAGCGCACAUUACAAGUAAUGAUUGUCUUCAUUUCAGCAGCGUGUUGUAAUCAGAUUAUAUAUAAAGGUGCUGUUGGGCUUCCAGACGUAUUUGAAGGCAUAUGAUCAUGCUCAAGAACAUGUAUGUGCUUUUUCUUGUGCAGUGUGUGGAUCGAAUGAGUGCUCGUUUGCAGGCGCUCAGGAAUGUGCAGAUUGUCACAUGCUGUAUCGUUCCGAGGCCUGUUUUGUAUGUCACAAAGCGACAAAGGAAGCAAAACACAUUUUCCUAAUCCUCAGUCCAGGUGUCAGAAAUGUUUGCUUUGUCCCAACUGGGCAGUGGUUACCAAUGGACGACUUGUCCAUUUCCAAGAAAGUAUUUCUAUCCCAACAACAUGGCCCAAGUCCCCAGCCAUGGCUACACAUAUUCUGAUCAGUAUAGCAAGGCAUCCAUCAUUUGGUUCAAGUGUUGGGAUCCUGUGGAGAAACACUGUUAUGAAUUUCAUUGUUUGCUACACGGUUGUGAGACCUUCUACCCAAAGCGCCGUAACAGUGUAUACCUUCCACAUACCAAGCAAACAGCAAAUGAGUUGUUUGCUCUGACUCAAAAGAAAAAAACCCUUCCUAGAAUCUUUGUGGUAUACCUAUGAGGAAAUGUACCACAAGUACGUGGAACUGCAGAAAAACUUCACAGAGUUUAAAGAGUUUGUCGCCAACUGCGAUAUAGAGGCAGAUCACUUGAAGCCUCGGGGCCAUCAAUGGACAAUAUAUCAAUACGUUACUGAAAAUCAAACAGGAACCCAGUGACUGGCCGGGAUGGUGCCAGAAUGAUUCAGACAGACAACGGUAUUUGGAGACCUAUCUCAAACAUGAAAGGGAUUCAGUUAGACUUAGAAUCUAUCAAAAAAUAAUCCAGGUCUUCGAUCUGUAGCCAAACUCAUGCUCAAUUCUCUCUGGGGCAAGAUGGGUGAAAAUCUGGACGAGGUCUCAUUCAGAGUUUCAUCAUGAAAACGAUCCCUCAUUUUACAACACCUUCACAGACUGUACAAAAGAGGUCACCAAUUAUUUUCAUCUUUUUAGAAUGGAAACACAAAGAGGCUUUCAAACUGGAAGACUGCAAGACAAACGUCUUUUGGGGUUGUUUUACCACCUGUUUGGCUCGACUUAAGUUGUAUAGACUCAUAAACAUGCUCCAAGAAAGGGUCGUGUAUUUUGACACAGACAGUGUCGUGAAUGUCAGUCGGAUUCAUCUUGGAGAACCCGAACCACCUUUGGGUGAUAUGGUGGGUGAAUUGACCAAUCAGUUCUCCCACAGACUACAUCAAAACCUUUGUGUUGGCAGGGCCCAAGAACUAUGGAUACCAAAUCUUGGACGGGGAGAAUGUAUGUACGGUCAGGUUCACUCUAAAUUUCACAGUCAGUUGAUCAACUUCGAUAGCGUUCGAGACUUGGUGUUGGGCUUGAGUGACAGCACUGGUAUGGGGAUCAUAAAUCCCUCGAAAAUUAGUAGUCAUAAAUUAAAAUGUAUAUUAUACAAAGUGUUAGAGAAAAAACAAUAUAGAAUGGUGUACACAAAGCGUGUCAUUUUAGGCAGUGUUGACACUACCUUUUGGUCAUUUGGAUAUCCAUCUCGAAAACAAAAAACCCUAUUCAUAAUGUACUGCCACGCGAUGUACCGUGUAUGUUUACGUUGUUUCAAUAGAUUUAUAAAGGGCUUGUUUCUUUAUGGUUUCUCAAUGAAGAGAACACCUUGUAUUACCUGUUUGAAAAUGUAUAUUUGAAUUGUCUCAUAGCUUGUUUCUCCUUUGGAAAAUAUAUAUUUGAAGUGUAAAUAUUGGUACAUUGUGCAAAUGUGUGAUGUGAAUAAUGGAGAUUCAUACAAUUUGAUUUUAUAUUUGUAUAAAUAAAAAAAUGUUGACAUU